CUCCAAGUGCUAUGGAACUGGUGUUGGGUAAAAACCCUUUUAAAAUCCCUUCAGACAUCGAUAUCUUCUUAUUGAGAGACAAACACAAGGAAAAAGCAAGAUUAGAGCGAGAGCGAAGGAAGACGCUGAAGGUCCAUGAGAAAAUGACCUGCUCCACUAUGAUGGGUGCAAAACAGUCUGGGUUCAAAAGACAAAUCCAGCUGGAAGAGGAAGCUGAAGACAGAGAGUUAGCAGCAGAAGCGGAACGUCUGAAAGCUCUCCGGGAAAGCAUCUCAUGGAAGAUCGCCGUCACUAAAGACCAGGUUGUAGAAAGAGAAAACAUGUAUGACUACAUCAAUCAGAAACGGCAAAUGUUCCUGCUGCAGUAUGCUGUAACUGUAAAGAAAGAUGAAAUUCAAAAGCUAGACAAGUUGGCAAUGGAAGAGGAAACCAAGCUGGAAAAGGCCGAGCAAGACCUAGAGAAUGAUGCUGCCAUGUUUGACGAGUUCCUGAAGGAGAAUGACAGAAACUCUGCUCAAGCCCUGAAAAUUGCUGAGAAAGAAACCAAAGCCAAGCUGGAGAAGAUACUUGAGAUCCGAGAACUGACGGCCCAAAUGAUGAAUAUCCAAAGUGAGAUAGCCAGAUUUGAAGACACUUUGCAUGAAUACAUGGUGUUCAAGGACUUCCUGUUCCAGCUGUCCCCAAAAGAGUGGCAAGAAAACUAUGAAAGAAAGCGGCAGAAAGAAAAAAUGAUGACAGUUGUUCCUGAACUUAAAGAUGAAAAACCUGCCCAAGUACCCAGUGCAAGCCGAGGCCGGGAUUCCCAGAGCAGGAGCAAACAGAGAGUCACACAUUCCAGUUUUGACCUGUCCACGCCAGACCAAGCCACUUCUAGGAGUCCAAGCUUAAGUAUGCCAAGGAAAGAAUCUGUCAGAUUAAGCCGAAUGUUCUCUCGGCAAAACUUCAAAUCCCUGCAUAACAGAAAAGUUACUGUAACUGUGAUAACAGAAGACAAGGACUCUCCAACCCUGUCUGAUGAGGAAGAUGAUGAGCAACCUGAGAUAUACUUUACUGAUCCACACCAGCUGCUAAACCUUUUCACUGAGCUCGAGGAACAGAAUCUGUCUCUAAUUCAGAAUUCGCAGGAGACAGAGGAAACUCUAGAUGAACUUCGGCAUACUUUGAGUACUACUCGCCAUAAAAUGGACAUGGAGAUUGAGCAGUUAAAGCAACUUUCAGUCACACUUCAAGCCAACAUUGUUAAAGAGGAAGAGACAGCAGCUGACCUAGAACUCAAAGCACGGGUCUUUUCCUUUGGAGAAUACAAAGCAGAGGUUCAGGACAAAAUGCUGGUGAGCUUACAUCGAAAGGUGCUGGAAGUCUAUCGACGCUGCAUUGGAGAAAACGAGGCAAAUCUUGGAACCCUACAGAUGCUAACUGUUAUAGAACACCAACUGGAUGACUUGCUGGAAUGUCUCGAGAGAGUACCUCCGGCAAAAAUAGAGCAAGCUGAGAAAGCCAAAGAAAAAGAACGAAGGAUAAGGAUGAGAGAAGAAAAGAUCAAACAGCAGAGAGCACUGCAGGAAGAGAGGCUGCAACGAGCCCUGGCAAGGGCACAAGCUGAAGUUAAGAGAAAGACUGGCAGAAGACUGGUGUACCGCUCUGAGCCUCCAGCCAUCAAGGAGAAAGAAGAUGAGGAUCUAGGACUGAUUGACAAGGAAAAGGAAGAACUGCUGUACUACUUUACUUAGCAACUUGACAAAAGGCUCUGAAGCGUCGCAAUGAGC